UGACGUGUACAUUCAGUGUGAAAGUAGAAAAAACAUGGCAGCCUGCGUCAGUGUUGAGCGUAUGAUAAGCCGGUUGAUGUUUGUGGCAUGGCUUCUUACAUUUGUGAUAGCUAUGGUUGAAGCAUCAACUAUUUCUGAUUUAAGGCUAUGUGGAGAUGCAAAAUGUGAAAGAAUUAUAUCCUAUGCCAGAGCAUUAGGUAAAUACAGACAAAAUGAUCCUAUAUUCCUGAGCUUUGAAAGAGACGAUAUUGUGCGUAUUUUAAGUAAAUCAGCAGGCCAAAAACCAGAUCUUUGGGGAGGAGAGGUACAUGGAAGGAAAGGUUACUUCCCACGAUCGUUUGUUAAAGAGUACAAAGUUGAUAUACCCAACCCACAACAUACAGUGAAAACACAGAAAGCAUUAUCUAUUGAGGAACGGAUGAGAAUGGAGGAUGAAGAUGACACUGAACUUGGAGAUGAUACAGAGAUUGAAGAUGAUACAGAACUUGCAGAAGAGGAAAAUGAUUUAGAAGAUACUGAGAAACACGGAAAAGAAGAACCUGUACAGGACACUACAUCGAAAGAGGAAGUAGGUGAUGAUACCGAAGUAGACGAGACAGAGUUGGGAGAAGAAGGUGAUGAUGAUGAGAGUACAGAUUCCACGGAGGUGUCAUCAGAUACUGAGGUGGAAAGUGACCAGGAUGUUUUUGAUUAUUACGAUAUUAAAGCAAAGAAUAUCUUAAAUCAUAUCAGUGAAUUCGAUGAGGACAUAUUUCCAAUACUUCAUGAUGAAGACGAUGAAAAAUUAAGAAUUGAAGAAUUGAAUAAAAUCUUGAUGAAAAAACCUCCAACUCCAAAUGAAGACAUGGUUGCAGAGAGUGCUUCUGGUGAAAAAUUGGAGACAACACAAGAGGGAUCUACAAUAUCUCAACCUACAGAUACAACCCAGCAAGCAGCUCCAACAUCCGAUCAUCAAGGCACAACCCAGGAGGCAGCUCCAACAUCCGAUCAUCAAAGCACAACCCAGCAGACAGCUCCAACAUCCGAACAUCAAGGCACAACCCAGCAGACAGCUCCAACAUCCGAUCAUCAAGGCACAACCCAGCAAGCUGAUGCAUCAUCCGAACACCCAGACACAGCCCAGCAGACAGUUAGUACACCUCAACAUUCUGCUCAUGAGGACAAACCUGCUAAGGAAGCCAAACAGGUAAAAGAAGAGGAGGUUCAGAAAGAGGAUGACUACUUUGAUGAAACAGAUAUUGAAGGGGAUGAAGAAGAGGAAGAGGCAUCAAAUGUUUUGUCAGAUGUAGUGGCAGAUUUAAAGAAAGUAGAACAUGACAAAAAAGAGGAUAUCAUAGCUAAUGGUAGGAGUCGGCAUCUAUCAGAGGAAAUGGCUGUCUCCACAGAGGAAGGGGUGAAGGAUUCUCCUAAAUCUGAGGAUGUAAAAGAAAUGACAACACCACAAGACAGUACUAAAACUGAAGCUGAAAAACAGGUUCUAAUUGAGAAGUCUGCACCUCAAGAUGUUCAGAAGGAGGAACAAAAUAACAUGAAAACAGUGUCUGAUACUGAACAAAAAGGUCAUGAUCGUGAAACAAAAACUUUAGAUUUUGUACAGGCACAGGUAGAUGAUGCAAUGAAAAAAGUGGAAACAGGAGAUAUUAAACUGGAAUAUCCUUCAGAUGGAGUCAAAGAGAUGGAACAGCCCUCAGAAGAAAACCAAAAGAAGGAACAGCCCUCAGAUGGAGACAAAGAGAUGGAACAGCCCUCAGAAGAAAACCAAAAGAAGGAACAGCCCUCAGAUGGAGACAAAAAGACAGAACAGCCUACAGAGGGGUCUAGAGCGGUGGAAGAUAUGGCAGAGGGAGUCAAAAAGAUGGAGCAGUCGGCAGAUGGAGAUAAAAAGAUGGAACAACAUGUAGAGGGAGUUAAACAGGUGGAACAGCCAGCUGAGGGAGUCAAAGAGAUGGAACAGCCUGCAAACAUGUCUGAGAAAAAGGAAAAUGUAGAUGCUCAAUCCAAGGAAGUCAAACAGGUUGAAGAGCCUGCAAUCAAAGAGGCAGAAACAAAAGUGGAAGCCACAGAGGUGGAACAGCCACAAGUUAAACAGACAGAACAACCUUUAUCUGAGGACAAAAUGGUGCCUCCAGAAGAAAGCCGUCCAGAAGCAGAAAUUCCAGUAAAAGGAACAGUGGAUGAACAGGUUUUACCAUCAUCUGUUAGUGUUACAUCUGCUACACAGGCAGUUGAACCAGAUGUCCAACCAGGAUACACCAUUAUAGAUGGAACACCUUUUCCUCUUGACAUGCUGGAGGACACUGUCAUAGACUCUCCUUCACCUGUAAUGGAGGAACUUAAAACGAGAAUACCAGAUCAACCCUCAUCACCUUUAGACAUUGCACCAACUGCUUCUUUUUCAGAACCAAUGCAAACAUCUGCAGAUCCUUCUAAGUUGGAUCCUUCCCAGACUUCAAAUGUAGACAGUCAUUCGGAGGUGCCACCCUUUCAGGAACCUGUCCACUCCAACAUUGAGGAAUCCAUUUCCCAGCACCCAUCUUUCACUGUGAGUGAAGCCAGUAGUCUUUCUUCCAGCGAAACAACCUCCUUGUCAGACGGACUAUCGCUUAGCUCUGAUACAACACAUGGAUCUCAAAGUGAAAUUGUGACAGAAAAUCUGCAUGCAUCUGUGAGUGUAUCAGAACAGCUUUUGUCAUCAAUGGAUGUUAGCAUGGAUAUGGGAGAGAAACAUACAAGUACUGAAGGUAUUGUUUCAAACAGGGAUAUUGUACAGCAGAAUCUUACACAUACAGACUCUUUAGAAGUAGAAGUUCCAAAGCCGGGCUCAAAUCAAGAUGUAUAUGCAACUGCAGAUUUUCUUUCUAGAAAAGUGCUGUCCCAUGAUGGGUCUCAAGGGAGUAUGCCUUCUACGAAUGGACAACCUCAGAAUGGAGCUGGUGUUAGUCAGGAAAGUCCAGAUAAGCAUGUUCAGACAGAAAAAAUAGCAAAAUCUGAUGACACUAACUCUGCAACACAGAAUGUUGAUACUGGGACUGUCCCGAACCUACCUACAGAGGGAGACCAAGGUGUCACUCCACCCACUACAGAUUCCCCGAAUGAGAUCCCACCGCCUCCCCUAGAGGAGAAACCCACUGCAACUGUACCUCCAUGGCAACAGGAUACAGCAUCUCCAGACAAAAUAGACUUAACAGGAACUGGAGGGGAAUAUAACACAGACUCACAAUGGUCCCGCAAAAUUAAUGAUGAAAGUAUUGAAGCACAGGAGGACAAGGCAUUUCAGGCAGAUACUUGGUGGGUUAGAACUGUCAGAAACAUGGACGCAAGACUCAAGGUGCUGGUGGUCAAGUUACCACCCUCAGUCCAAUCUCUCCUGGAACAGGAACCACUGGGCCUGUCCCCACAGAUGGCCAUCUUUGUUACCAUGGUGAUGACCUUCAUACUAUUCAUCGUGACUUGUUGUGGACUGUUAAAGGGAAAAACAUCCAAGAAAAAGGACCCCGUUCUGGUUGUUCGAAGUCUGGAAGAGCAGUUGUUUAUCAUGACAAAGGAGAAAGAAAACUUGGAGGAUGAUUUACAGAGUACAAAACAGAAGAUGACAGACCUAGAGAAGGACCUGAAUGUACACCAGUCCUCGUCUGGAGAUUUAGAAACAGACCUAAAAAACCACAGGCUCCACGUGGAUGAACUGAAACAAAAACUUGGAAUCCUGGAGCAGGAGAAAGAAAAAUUGACAGUGGAUAUCCAGCAAAAGCAGCAAGAUGCAGAGUCAGAGCAUGAAAGUGCUGCAGAACUCCAUACACAAAUUAUAUACAAAGAUAAAAUGUUGGAAGAACUCCAUGAUCUACAAGAAAAGACAAACCAGCAGUUAUCGGAGGCACAGAUGGACAUAGAAAAUUAUGCUUCACAGCUUCAGAGUACAACUGAACAAGUACAGCACUUGGAAACCAGGAAACAACAGUUAUUACAAGAGGCAGAAGGAUGGAAAGAAAAUGCCCAGGACUUGACUGAACGCUUAGACUUGUCAGUAUUGGAACAAAACAAGCUGCAGGAAGAGCUGGACUUCAAACAGAAUGAGUUAGAGGUUCUGAGGGACUGUUUCCUACAACUAAAGGCUUUUGAAACAGAGGAAAAUGAGGAUACAGAUCAAAUUGAUUCUGAAAGUAUCCAAGAAAAGUUCCGUUCUAUGUUGGAUGUAUCCAAGGUAAAAGCCUCACUGCAUUCAUUGGAAGAGGAGAAAUUAACAUUACAGAACAAAGUGGACAUAGAGAUAGAAUGUCGACAGGAGAUGGAAGAACAAAUAGCAUGUCUCCAGGCAAAACUAGAGAGUUUCCAAGCUGACAAGAUGAAAGCCGACAGACAGUGUCAUGAAUCCCAGACCAAACUAAAUGUUUUGACUCACUACUUCAAGGAAAAAGAGGUUCAACUACAACGAGAAUUAGGUGAGCAGGAAGCAUUAAAGAAGCAGAAUAAGAAUAAGUUGGAACAUGCUGACGAGAGGAGUAAGAUGGUGGAGGCAGAAUUGGAAAGUAACAGGACACAAGUUGAGGAUUUAAAGAAAGAAAUACUUUCAGCAGAGAGAGAUUUUAGAUCUCAGAUUGCAGCUAAUGAAAAGAAAGCUCAUGAGAAUUGGCUAGCUGCUCGGGCAGCAGAGAGAGAACUGAAGGAGUCGCGGCAUGAUGCUACUGCAUUGCGCCAAAAAUUAACAGAGCUGGAGCGGAGGUCACAUCAUGGGCCGAGUGGACUUUUACGACCCUUACCCACUCGGGGCAUGCCACCACCAGGUAUGAAUGGACCACCCCCUCCCCUGCCCCCAGGGGUGGACAGACCAGGCUCCAGAGGGGGAGGGCCACCAGGACCCCCGGGCAUCAGGGACGGAGAAUUCCUUGGUUCCCCAGGCCCUGAGCGGAUGCCACCGCCUCCUAUGCUUGAGCGACGAAUGCCACCCCCAGGGGUGAUGGGCCCCAGGAUGCCACCUCCUCUAAUGGAUGGGCGAUCUCCACCUCCUUAUGACCGGAGAGGACCACCACCUCCAGACAGAAGGUCUCCUCCUCCUUAUGAGCGUGGGCUGAGGAUGCCACCUCCUCACAUGGAUCAUAGAUCCCCGGGCUAUAGAAUGCCUCCACCAGACAUGCUCCCUCGUAUGAGGGGACCUCCUCCUCCACAUCUACGUGGAGGUCCUACUUCUCCUCCUCCCCCUCAUGGUAUGGGGCUCCCACCUGAUGGUAGACCUGGUUCCGGAAUCCAUCCUUACCAUCCCCCUCCCCCAGGUCCCGACCCCGACCACAAGCCAAGACAGCAAAGUCAGGUGUGAGACACUCGUAAUAUUCUACAAUGGACAGGACAGGCUGUUCACUGCCUCAGAAGAGCAGCUAAGACGCAGGGUUAUUAGUCAGAUACAGCUGUCAACAGUGGAUAGAUCAUGUGAUGUUAUGUAAACAUUAGUAAUACCAGAUGAAAUGUGAUUUUUGCAUAAUAAGCAUCUGUCCAUUUCCGUGUUGUGAUAUAGGUAGUGGCGCGAGAUGUGGAAAACCAUGCGUCCAUGUCAGAAACACUCGGAUUCUUACAUUGGGCUGUUGCAAUAUUACCUAACUGUCUCAAUCUCAAGUUAAUCUCCUACAAAAGUGUUCAGACCACUGUAACACACACAUAUGAACAGGUGCUGAAAACCAGACAUUUUCUGUGUUUCUUUGUGGAGCGACAUAGCCCAAGGGACAUAACCCAUAACUAUAGGCUAUAAUCCAUAACAAUCAUUGAGUACAUUAUAGUGUAUAUGGAUCCAAAUUAAUUGCAGAGGAGUGUGAUGAGACAUGUUGGAUUUUUUUUUUUUUUCAAGUGAAAAAAUAAAUUGAUUUUAAUGACAUCAUCGAUAUCGAAUAAUGAAAGCCAAUUGAAAAAGUUACCAAUCAGAAUGUGCAUGAUAUCAUGUCACUAGAAUUGAGGUCUGCCCUAUGUUUUUAGAUAUUGACAUCCUGAUUCACUACCACUGUGUCCCUGAACGUUUGAAUUCAAAAUUACAUCUAUAAAAAACAGGAAUUACAAAAUUUAUUACAAAAAUUAAGUUAAGAGGUGACAGCGAUAAGAUAAGAUAAAAGUGUAAAGUGUAAAACGUUUAAUCGGUUAUAACGUGCGGAUCUGUUCAUUCAGUAUUACAUGAAUGGUUAAUGUUUCUAUGUGGGAUUUAGAGACAGGGAUUUAUUGUUUUAGAAUAUUUGACGAUAAAAAUGUUGUACAAUUUAUAUUAUUUAUUAGUAAAGAAUGAUGUUACAUCAUCCCUAGUUUUAACUAGCAUGAUUAUUCUAUGACUGAGAGCAGCAGUUAAUUAUCAAGUACAUUGUAUAAGCGAGUCUUGCAUGGACUUUAACAUUCCUUUGUAAAGAUUAUCUGUCAGAUAUGGCAUUGUGUUAGGUUUUUUAGGACUUGGAACACUUUUUACUCUGUAUAUGUGUACAUUUGUAUUUCAUAGUACAGAAAUAUCUGACUUCUUCAAAUGACCAGGGUAAAGUUAAAUGACUCCCAUUCAGCUCAUUGUAGUUGCAAAUUAAUACUGUGUAUUGUAAGAUAUGCAUUAUCAUACAAUCAGUAUUGUAAAAUCCUGUGUCUAUGUUAAAGGUAGUACUGUAUGCAUUUUCAUUAGGUCCACACAGUCUAGUCAUAUGGUUUAUAUUAAUCAAGUGCUAUAUGUUGAUAUUGGAUGUAAAGUCCUACUUAUGUUUUCAGAGCUAAAGUUAUCUAGAUUGUCAUUAAAAUCAGGUUCUUAUAGCAAUCACAGCUUUAAUAAUUAAGACAUGUAUAUAUAAAAGUUUGUGUGAAAAUCCAUCUAUAAACUAGUGUAGAUCAAUUUACACUUUAAAUCUAGGUAGGGCAAAAUCGGGGGCUAACCUAUAGUUCCUAGUAUAUACUGAAAGAAACCACUUUUGUCUCCACAACCAUUGAGGAUUUUGGUAUACACACAUACAUGUAUAUAUAUUUGGUAUAAAAUGUACGUAUAUUUUGUACAAAUGUAUAAAUAUUGCAUGUACUUGUCCCUGUGAAUUCAGGAUGAAAUACAGUUUAACAUUUGAAAUUAAAUAAUGUAUUAGACAUUUUUAACCAGUCUUUGCAUGUAUUGGUGUGACAGUAUCAUAAAGAAUACAUAUAAUGUAUCGACUGUUAAUCAUGUAAGAGCUGGACUCUUCAUUACAAGUAUUUACACCAUAUUCUGUACUAGAUAAAUUAAUACUUUUUGUCAGUGCCAUCGCAUUUCUAUGCUACUGGAUACAUUUUAAUUUUUAAGUACAUGUACAUAUUCAUCUCCCAUAAAUAUCAAUGUAUAAAGGUUGGAAUUUGUACAGUUAUUUUAACAUCGAAUACCAAGAGGUAUUGUAAAAAUAAAGUUUUGAAAUUGUUAGGUCUGCAAUGUUAAUGAUUAGAAAUAUGUUCCCUGUUAAUUUUUGAAUAUGCUUCCAGUUCUUAA